GUCCACUCGAACAUCCGGUCUGUCGGGAGCUUCACCAAAAACUUUUUCCGAUUUUCCAUUUUUCCGCUUGUGUCCGCUCGAUAGGAGCCGUCAAAGGUUUUUUUUUUUUUUUUUUAAUCUUUUAACUUUAUAUCGUUGAACUUCCAGGCUUUUAAAGCGUCUCUGUUUUGUUCUGCUGUUUUAAGAAGCGCCAUGUCCAAGUCUUUGAAGAAGAUAGUGGAGGAAAGUCGAGACAAGAGUCUUCCUGAGGUGGAGAUGUGUGACAGAGGGAUUUCUAACAUGCUGGACAUUCCGGGUCUCUUCACUCUUUCUAACAUCACCCAGCUGGUCCUCAGCCACAACAAGCUGACAGCUGUGCCUCCAAACAUCUCCGAGCUGAAGAACUUGGAAGUCCUGAACAUGUUCAACAACCAGAUCGAGGAACUCCCAACUCAGAUAAGCAGCCUCCAGAAGCUCAAACACCUCAACCUCGGAAUGAACCGUCUAAACAGCUUGCCCAGAGGAUUUGGGUCGUUGCCUGCUCUGGAGGUCCUGGACCUGACCUACAACAACCUAAACCAGGAGUCCCUGCCUGGAAACUUCUUUUACCUGACCACACUUCGAGCUCUGUAUUUGAGUGACAAUGACUUUGAGGUUCUUCCUGCUGACAUUGGGAAACUCACCAAGCUGCAGAUAGCAACCUGGAUCUGACUGGUCCUAAACAGGUAUUCAAAGCAGAGAAUAAUCCAUGGGUCACUCCGAUUGCAGACCAGUUCCAGCUGGGCGUCUCUCAUGUCUUUGAGUAUGUUCGCUCAGAAACCUAUAAAUAUCUUUAUGGCAGACACAUGCAGGCUAAUCCAGAACCUCCCAAAAAGAAUAAUGAUAAAAGCAAGAAGAUCAGCCGCAAACCCCUGGCUGCCAAGAACAAGUGAAGAGGAAACGACAGAAGCUUCACAGCCAAGCUUACUGCAUGUGCCUUUUUUUAUUAUUAUUAUUAUUUUACAUGGUAAUGCAGGAAGCUUCUGCAUGUAUACACGUGCUUAUGCAUAUGUAGUUUUCAGUAUUGUGUCUAAUACUUGUAUUACAUAUACUUGUACUAGACAACAGAGCUCACAUCAAAGAACUUUUUUCUUCACUGCUAUAAAGAGUAAAAAGCUGGCACUGUGACACAAACACAAACCAGGACAUAUAAGUGGAUAAUUUUCCCUGGAAAGACUGAUAUCAAAGGUUUGGCCGGGUAGGAAAAGUUAAAAUUGUUCUAGCUUUUAUUUGUAGUUGGAAGUUUGAACAGAUCAGCUGUAUCGACAGUCUCUGAUCAAACUUCACCUCCAGUCUAAUAUGGCUGCUCUGCACGUUGAACGUGGUAGCUGCAGUGCUAAAUGUUACAUUUUGAAUCUUACUAAAAUCUC